AGUUGCUCGACUUCCACACAGGCUCCCCAUUGCAAGCUCCACGGCUCUCUUGUCUUGUCUUCAUCCCGCCACUGGUUUGCUCCUCCUCUUCAACCUCCUCCUCCUCCUUCCUCCUCCUCCUCUUCCUCAGCUGCUGCUGCUGCGGCGGCAUGCAGGCGACAACUUGGCUUUCACACAUCUCCACCGGAGCCGUCCAGCCAUGGGAGUGCAUGACCUCAUCCAUGCAAUUUCCACCAUCAAUAAUUUAAUGUAUUUGCUCCAAACUUGAAGAGAGAUCCUGAAGCUUGUCAGGAGGACACAGAGAGGAAAGUAUCGCUAAAGUCUAAAUUACUCAGGGAGUUGCCCAGGACAGCCCAGAUGACACUGUCCUGUUGAAUGGUCUGUUUUACGACUGGGCAGCACAAGUUCCACCAGGUUAGAAGAGUGAUGACCAUCCUGUUCCUUACUAUGGUUAUUUCAUACUUCAGUUGCAUGAGAGCUGUGCCCCUGAGAGACGCCCCAGGCAUGCAGGGCCAUCGGACGGAAGGCUACCUGGGCGCCGCCGCGACGGUCGCAAGAGGCCGGGGGACUCCACAGAGUGGUGGCGGGCCGGGCCAGCGUGGGAUGCCCUCGCUCGCAGACACCUUUGAGCAGGUGAUAGAGGAGCUGCUGGAGGUGGAGGGGGAGGCAGAGGCGGCACAGAUGGGACAGGGGGCAGAUAGGAGCCAGGGAGGCGGGGGUCCGGCUUCAGACGCGGCCACCGAAAGCAAGGAUGUCGACGUGUACGACUCGCGAGUGAUGAUCAGCAACCAAGUGCCUUUGGAGCCGCCGUUGCUCUUUCUUCUGGAGGAAUACAAAAACUAUCUGGAUGCUGCUAAUAUGUCCAUGAGGGUGCGGCGACACUCUGACCCCUCGCGACGUGGAGAGCUCAGCGUUUGUGACAGUAUUAGCCAGUGGGUGACGGCGGUGGAUAAAAAGACGGCGAUAGACAUGUCGGGGCAGACGGUUACCGUCAUGGAAAAGGUUCCCGUCCCCAACGGCCAACUGAAGCAAUACUUUUACGAGACCAAAUGCAACCCCAUGGGGUACACGAAAGACGGCUGCAGAGGAAUAGACAAGCGGCAUUAUAACUCCCAAUGCAGGACAACCCAGUCCUACGUGCGAGCCCUCACCAUGGAUAGCAAAAAGAAGAUCGGCUGGCGGUUUAUAAGGAUAGACACUUCCUGUGUAUGCACAUUGACCAUUAAAAGAGGGAGAUAAUGUAUAAAAUGUAUAGAUUUUAUUGAAGAGUUUAAAAAAGAGAAUACAGAGAAAAUAUCUAUUUGUAUAUAUACAUAACAGGGUAAAUUAUUCCGUCAAAUGAAAAUUUUAUGGACUGCAUGUAAAAAAAAGAUGAAGUUUAUACAGUAAAAGUGAUAUAACAGUCUAUUUAUUGAACAUAUUCAUGACCUUGUAAACGAUUAAAAAAAAUCUGAUCAGUCAUUUGCUCCCACUUUAAAUUACUAUAUCACAUUCCUCAAGACAUUGUGGAUUUGUUUAUGUUGCCAAGAUUUACAAAAUGAGGUGGAACAAAAAUAGGCACGGAAUGAGAGGACAGUUCCAUCUUCAAAAGCUUGCAUGCUGCUUCAAUUGUGAAUUGAGAAAUUCUCCACUUACCAAAAAAAAUAAUAAGAGGCUGACCAAAAAAAAAAAAAAAAAUCAACUUUCCGUUUACAUACUCAGCGGAAAACAACUUUCCUCUCCAGUAAUUUAUCUGUUUACUGUUCUAAACUUCUCAAGGUAUAAUGUUGGGAUUACAUACUAUGUCAAGGUGCUGUUGUCAAAGCUUUGCUGUUUAUUUUUUUAUUCCCACCAGAGUAAGAUAUAUAUAUUAAA